CAAAAAUGUUGUUCACAAUGCCAAACCCUGCACUCCGAUUAUGCACCGUCGUCUUACUGUUAACAUUAUCUUCGAUCAAACCUUAUUUGACGUGUCCUACAAUGAUGAAGAUUUCACGACUGGAAAGAAAUUACACGUCACAGACGCAUCAAAUUGAAAACCGAGAAACUUAUUUGACGUGUCCUACAAUGAUGAAGAUUUCACGACUGGAAAGAAAUUACACGUCACAGACGCAUCAAAUUGAAAACCGAGAAAAGUUAUCACAGAAGUAUCUACGCCUUGCAGAAGACUCUGGAUCCCAAUGGAGACAGAGACAAAGGUAUAUCGACAGAAAACUGGCCCAUCAAAACAAAACAAUUGGACUCUAUCUCAAAUGCCAACGUGAAUAUUAUGCAGCUAGUUUUUUAACGGAUGCCUAUGAAGGCUUGCUGGUGUUUAUGAAUAAAGCGAAAAGACUUUGUGGGGAUUAUGUCAAAGACUACGAAGGAUAUGUUUCACAGUAUCAAAAUCACUUCAAUUAUUUUAAAGGUCAGAGUCUGCAUCCCAUGUAUCGUAGGUGUACGGCUUAUCUGCCUAUACCAAUGAAUAUAGCCGUCGCGCAAACCACCAGAAUGCUAUAUUUCGAGUGCCUACGAGCUUCGAAGUAUAUCAAGCACAGUUUGAUCACUGACCAUUAUCAGAUCAUUGCUCAGGCAAUCGAAGAAAGCACCAAAAGACCUGAAAUCAGAAAAUAAU